AAUUACAAAUGCAAUAUGAAUUCUUUAUAUUUUUAUAUAAAUUUUUUACGAGAAUUAACAAAAAUAUUAAUGAAACAUAAUUUUAAUUACAUACUUUUGUAUAUAUUUGUACAGUUUGCAUUUUUUAAAUUAAAAACAUUAAUCGAUACAGAAUUUAACUGGAAUAUAUUAUCUGAUUUUGCUUUAAAAAAUUUAAUAAGACAAUUUUAUAAUGAAAAAAAUUAUUACGUAGAUCGUAAUUCUUGCUUAUUAGCAAAUAUACAAUAUUUUAAAGUUUCUACACCUACUUGGUUUUAUAUAUGUUCAAAAUUUUCUUUAAAAAAAUAUAAAAUAUUAAUUAUACCCAAAAUACAAAAAGACAAUAUUGAUACAAAUAAUAUAUUUAUAUCAGAAACUAUGAAAUAUAAUAUAGAAAAUGCAUUACACUGCACUGUUGAUAAAUGUUUCUUAUUGCCAGCAAAAGAUAAUGCUAUUAAGUUUGCUACAGUAGUUAAAGUUUCUAUGAUAUCUAAUCCAUAUGAAAGUACAGAUAAUUUAAUACGUAUUUUAUUAGAAAAUUAUUUUUCUGAACCUAGAUUUCUAAAAAAAAAUGACUUAUUUGGAAUUAAUGUAAAAGAAUAUAUGUUGGAUCAAAUGUAUUUAUAUAUUAAUCCUUUAAUGUCUAUAAUAUAUUUUAAAGUUAAUUCCAUUAUUAUUAAUGAUAAAGAUUGUACAAUUAAUGAUACUUCUUAUAUUUUAUUUGGAGAAACUACAGUUAUUCAAGAACCAAAUAUACAUACUUAUUUACCUCAAAAACAUUUUGAUUAUAAUCAAAUCGAAGAGAAACACAUAGAAUUAUGUCCACCAAGUUUAGCUACACUUUUGGAACAUUUAGAACAUUGUAUUUUGCCAUUUAUUAAACAUGAUAUUCAAUUAUCCAUAAACCCAAUAUUUCUUAUUAAGGGUUCACAAGGUUCAAAUAAACGUAAAUUAAUUCAAAUUUUGGCUGAAAAAAUGGGUUUGAAUUUUCUUAAUAUAGAUUUUGCUGAAGUUCAAGCUUUGACAUCAGCCCAAACAGAAGCUAAAUUACGCAUUGUAUUACAUAAUGCUGAACAAUCUAUGCCAUGUAUGCUCUGUUUAAAUAAUAUAGAGGUAUUUGGUAAAAAUUCUGAAGGUCAAAAGGAUGAAAGAGUUAUAUCAACUUUUUCAAAUGAGAUAAAUUUGUUAUAUAAUAAACAUUUAAAGUAUCCAAUUAUUAUAAUAGCUACUACAAAUGAGUCUGAUAUACCAUCAGAAUUAAACAGAAUUUUUAUUGAAACAAUACAUUUAGAACAUUUAAAUCAGAACAAAAGAACAAAUUUAAUUUCUUGGUUGCUUAUGAAACAAAAUCUUGAUUAUCAAGUGAAUUUAUCAAAAAUUUCUGGAAUAUGUUCAGAUUUUAGAUAUUCAGACUUAUUGACAUUAAUACUAAAUGCUGUGAAAUUUCGAUGCAAAGAUAAAUGGAAAAAUUUCAGUGCUAAGAAUUUAAAACUUUUUAACUUAGUACUUUUACAAGAAGAUUUUGAUAAAGCUUAUGAAUAUAUGCAAUCUAUAUAUACAGAUUGUAAAGGUACACCACAUAUACCAAAAGUUUAUUGGGAAGAUAUAGGUGGAUUAAUAAACUUGAAACAUGAAAUAACGCGACGAAUUCAGUUACCUUUAAUGAACACUUUAGAAUUCGGACAAUCUGGUCUUCUUUUAUAUGGACCACCAGGAACUGGAAAAACACUUCUUGCUAAGGCUGUAGCAACAGAGUAUCAGCUUCACUUUUUAUCAGUUAAAGGCUCCGAAAUGCUAAAUAUGUAUGUCGGUCAAAGUGAAAAAAAUGUUAGACAAGUGUUCGAGCGAGCAAGAGCAGCAGUGCCAUGUAUAAUAUUUUUUGACGAAUUGGAUUCAUUAGCACCUAAUCGCGGACGAAGUGGUGAUAGCGGAGGUGUAAUGGAUCGUGUGGUAUCUCAAUUGCUCGCAGAAAUGGAUGGUCUUGACUAUUCAAAUAAUGUAUUUAUAAUAGGAGCUACAAACAGACCAGAUCUCAUUGAUCCUGCCCUUCUUCGACCUGGUCGAUUCGAUAAAUUAUUAUAUGUAGGGAUUCAUUGUGAUCGUGAUUCGCAAUUUAAUGUAUUAAAGGCAUUAACUCGUAAAUUUAAAUUCCGUGAAAAUGGAAAAGAAUUAGAGAAGUUUAUAUCUCAAUUGCCCAAUCAUACGACUGGUGCUGAUUUAUAUUCUGUUUGUUCAAAUGCAUGGUUAAAUGCAGCACGUAAAAUUUUAAAUAGUUAUCAAAAUAGUUCUAAAGAUGUUAAAUUAAAUGAAUAUGUUGUUGUAGAAUUAGAAGAUUUUUCAAAAGCAGCGUACGAUUUGAUACCUUCGGUUAGUAAACAAGAAGCCGAAAAAUACAAAAGAAUGGAGAUAGAAUUAUCUUCGGUAUCGUGAUAUACUUAAUUGUAUCUCAAGCAUUGUAUUGAAUAUUUUCUAGUUUUAUAAACGACAUAUUAAUUUAUUUGGAGAAAAAUGUAAAACAGUUUUUACAAUGAAUAAUUCAAUCUAAGAUAACUACAUUCUAUUUUAGAUUGUACCAAAUAAUUAAUCUUGUAUGCUAUUAUAUGGCAAAGAAUGUAAUAUAGAUAUAUUUUCGGAUUUUCAAGAUGUUUUACUUAUUAACGAUACAUUAUAAUAUACCAAUCAAAAAGAAAAAAUAGAAAAAUACAGGAAAAUAAUAUCUAAAUUUAUCGAAUUAUGAAAUUUUAUAUAACAAAAAAUAAUGACUCAAUAAAGACUUUUUUUUUGCAAAUUGCAAUAAUCGGAAUUGAAUAAUUAAUUUACUGCAAUCAUUAAUAAACUAAAUAAAACAUUUAUUUUCAUUAAAUAUGAUUAAUUUGUGAGUUCAAACAACACUCGAGCACUCUAAAUAACAAAUCGCACUUAAACGAUUAUUAUUUUAUUUAUAUACAAUAUAAGAUUAUUUGCAAUUUUGUAUUUUAUAAGUGCAAUAUUAUGACUUGUGCUUUAAAAUGUUUUUAAAUAUUUUAAUUACAUUCUUCAUAUAUAUAUAUAUAUAUAUAUAUAUAUAUAUACAUAUAUAUAUAUACACACACACACAUACACAGUCUAAAUUCUAGACUCUAAAAUAACGUACUAUUUUAUUU